GAGAGGCGCUCAUUUUGGUUGCGUCUUACUCUUUUUUUUUUCCUCGUGCGGAAUUUUUCGCCAAGCUUUUCCCCUCCGAUCCACCAGAAAGUGGGAGUCGUUUUCUAUAAAAGUGGUGGCCAGGAAUUGGGUAGCCUUGGUGCAUUAGGUACAACUUCUGCGCUAUGGGAAAAAGAAACAAGAGGACAGCAGAUAGUUCGUCCUCUGAAGAGGAGGAGGAAUAUGUUGUGGAGAAGGUUCUAGACAGGCGUGUUGUGAAGGGUCAAGUGGAGUAUCUUCUCAAGUGGAAAGGAUUCUCUGAGGAGCAUAAUACCUGGGAACCUGAAAAGAACCUUGAUUGCCCUGAACUAAUUGCUGAGUUUAUGAAAAAAUACAAAAAAAUGAAGGAAGGUGAAAACAAGCCUCGGGAGAAAUCAGAGGGCACCAAGCGGAAGUCUAGCCUUGCCAACAACAAUGAAGAGAUCAAAACCAAAAAGAAGAGAGAGAGCACCGAUAUUGCCAGGGGCUUUGAAAGAGGAUUGGAGCCAGAAAAAAUCAUCGGAGCCACAGACUCCUGCGGAGAUUUAAUGUUCCUAAUGAAAUGGAAAGACACAGAUGAGGCUGAUCUGGUUCUAGCAAAAGAAGCCAAUGUGAAGUGCCCUCAAAUUGUGAUAGCAUUUUAUGAAGAGAGACUGACCUGGCAUGCAUACCCCGAAGAUGCUGAAAACAAAGAGCGGGAAGCAGUGAAAAGCUAAAGUGGCUGGGGUUCUCUGUCCAUCCAGAAUUGUACAUAUCCGCCAUCCCUUUCCCUCUGCCCAAAUGCAUCCAUGGAAAUGUGCUUAUUACUGUGCUCGACAGGAGAAAUGUUGAUAUUGGUUGGUUUAGUCAUAACAUAAAUGGUGUGAGUCACGUUUGGUUUCCCUCCAGGAGAUUGACAUGCCGUGUGUGUUCUUCUAUCACCUCAUCAUAAAUAACAAUAAUGGUUUUUGUUUUUAAAGCUCCCUCGGAGCCUCCAGCCUUUUCUUCUUGCCUGGCUAUUUAGUUCUGCAUUAUCAUGUUCUAUGUUAGAGAAUUGUUAACCAUCAUUGUUACUGAUUUAAAAAUGGCAGGAGCUCCCCGAAUUCAGGACAGACCCAAGUUUAUUUCAAAAUUGCUAACAUGUUGCUUGAAUUGCAUUCAAAGAUGCUAGGUAGCCAUUUUCACCCUAAUUUUCUAACUUCAGCUCAAAACAGUUACCUUUUGGAGAACAAGUAGAAAUUAGUUGGCAAGGAUAGCAUCUUUUGAACCUGUCCCUUCUCAUUUUACUCCUCUUGUUCCUUCUCAUGUCUCUUACCUUAUUACUGGUGCUAUUUGCAUGACAUGUUUAGUUAGAUUAUAAGGGUAUCUAAUUAAUCAUGUUGUGUGUACUCCAAAAAUUGAGUUAGUUGACCUAUAACCUAUAAUGGCAACAAAUUCCCCCCCCCCUAUUUGCUAGAGAAUUCACUCCCUCUUUUAACAACUGUGAUCAACAUGUAGUCCUAGAGAAGCCCUAUAAAAAUAGAGCUUCUGUGGGCCUUCCAUUUCUAUAGUCGUUUUGAUUUUUCAUUCAUUGCACUCCAGGUGUAUGUCUGAAAAGUGAGCAGAUACAGUUGGGAUGUGUAACUCCAUGAAUCUGCAGUGACACCAACCUUAAUUGCAUUGUGGCAACUCGAUUUACUUUCCCAGGGAAUGGAGGGUACAGCAUGAAGUAAGAAAGAAAGUGAUGCUUCCUGUGAGGACUAAAUACAGUGUCACUGAAUGAUCAUCUCUGUCAUUUGGGAUCAUGUGCCCUGAGUGUGCCAGUGUGAAUUAACUGGCUUAAAGAGAACUGGAUCAUUCAUGUUGCACAAAUAGGGCCUUUGUGUUAUGUAGGUAAGUAGAUCAGCCAAACAUAGUGUCAUACUUGGAAACUUAAUUCCUUAAUCCAAACUCUGGUUCCAAAAUUCUAAUUCAAUUUGUUUCUGAGAUCUUAGUUGUUUCUUUAAAGACUUCCCCACCAUAUCCUCUGCUUUUGCAUUCUAGUAUGUCAAUCUGUUAUUUUCAGAAUAAGUAUUCAAGUAUAUUUUCAGAGAAAAUUGCCAGCUGAGCAUAGUUAUCUCUGGCUGCAUGGCUAGAACCGCUCAGAAAAUGCAAAAGUCCCAGGCUGGCAUUUUUAUUCUGAACAAUUGACAGUUAAAAUACAUAGUGAAAGGAAUUCCACAGAUAAAAUACAUUUAUUAGCAAUUUAGCUAGAAAUACCAUGUUACAGAAUACAAGGCCGUUUUGGAUUGCAAAUCCAAUUGUGCUUCAUCACUGACUAUGCUGGAUGGGAAAUGGGAGUUCAAGAACAUCUGGAGGGUCACACAUUUGUCUGUCCCUGGUUUGGAAUGUUGAUCCUUACAAAUGUUAUUUCAGCAGUGGCUUUCCAUCUUGUUCUUCGGCUUCAGGACAGGGUAACGGGAUUUCAUUUUCAAGUUUCACUGCUGCAGACUCACUUGGCUGCAUCAGUUUUGAAAGGUGCCAGUCUCUUACUGCAGUUUCUGGAUAUCUCCUAAUAGAAGGGUCCUCCAUACUAGUAAGAUUUGAUAGGAGCUUGGAUCAUUACUGAAAUAAUAUGGUGCAGGCUACUUUAAAAUGGACCUUGGUCCUUAUCAUUUAUUUCAGAAUCUGAAUUCAUGCUCUUUGGUCUCUGCUACCUUAGCAGUACUCAUACUGUUUUGUUUUGCUUUUAUAGUGAGAAGAGAUGUGCUACCCAUGCUUGAUCAGAAAAUCCCACCACUACUUACUUCAUUUCUGCAUUGUUGAAUUUCUUUCCUUUUGUUUAGCAAGCAGAUGAAGUAGGUUGCCAUCCUUCCAUUUAUGCAUUCUGCAUCCUGCUAAUAAUCUGUCAGGAAUUGCAACAGGGCAUGAUAUGAUGUAGUAUGACAUGGAUUACAUCUGUGACACAAUUAAUGAUUCAUAUGUCAUUAAGCCCCAUAUCUUGCUAAAUGCCCAGCAUCAGAAAAGUGUGGGCAUUUUUGUUUUGGUGGAUUUCCUUUGAUUAAAUUGAUAGGUGUACUUACGUCAACCACAUCAAGAUAAAACAUUUAUGAAACAUGUAUUCUAAUUUGUUUGACUCAUGAUAUCAUUCCAUGUAUGUAGUUUAAGAACCUAUUUUGCAACCAGUCCCAUCUUUCAGUGGUUUUGAGGCAGGUUUGCCUUUAAGAUUUAAUUUGAAGGGGAUUUUGUUGAAAGAAAUGCACUGCUGCAAAAAGAACAUAAAUUAAUAGAAAUAUUUCUUUUCUACACUUAUUAUUUGGUACAGUCAUUUUCAACAAAAGAGAUAUGUGAAAGUUCAGACUAUAGAUUGGGCAUUAGCAUUGCAUUUCUGAUUCCAUUUGAAAGCUGUCAUACACAGACAGAAACAUAGCUGCUGCGUUUGGCUAAUGGCCAGCUAUUGCUCUUGAAUCCCACUGAACUUAAUUUUUUACUGCAUUAGUUCUUCAGUGUGGGGGGUGGUGGUAUUUUCAUUCAUCUCUGAAUCACAUGAGCUGGAAGAGGACAGCAGUUGCAAAACAGGAUUUGGGAAGCUAUAUGGAUUUAACAGUUUGUUUGCAUGUGAUUUGUACCACUUACACGUUGAAUAAAUAAUUACUUGAGGG